CAUCGAAGUCUUCGGCAAGAUAUGAGUUUGUUCGUGUUCUAUUAAACUUGUUUCAAUCGAGAAUUAAAAAGAAUCCGAUUCCACAGAUGGAACUAUGUGCUGUGGAUCAGACCGAUUAAACCAGAUCGUGUCAUCAUCGCCAAUUUCUUUCGAGGAUAACAAUCUUGUCACCAACACAGACAUGAAUCACUUAACAGUCGAAACAGAGGAUACGUUUGCGAGCUUGCUUGAGCUCGCAGCUAACAACGAUGUGGAAGGUGUAAGGCUUUCUAUCGAGAGAGAUCCUUCUUGUGUAGACGAAGCUGGUCUCUGGUACGGUCGUCAAAAAGGUUCUAAAGCUAUGGUCAAUGAUCAGAGGACGCCGUUGAUGGUUGCUGCUACUUAUGGAAGCAUUGAUGUUAUCAAGCUUAUUGUUUCUUUGACUGAUGCGAAUGUGAACCGCGCUUGUGGGAAUGAUCAGACGACCGCGCUACACUGCGCUGCUUCUGGAGGAGCUGUGAAUGCUAUCCAAGUGGUUAAGCUGCUUCUUGCAGCUGGAGCUGAUUUGAAUCUGUUGGAUGCUGAAGGUCAACGAGCUGGAGAUGUUAUUGUUGUUCCUCCUAAGCUUGAAGGUGUGAAGCUGAUGCUUCAGGAGCUUCUAUCUGCUGAUGGAUCAUCAACUGCGGAAAGGAAUUUACGGGUUGUGACGAAUGCUCCGAAUAGAAGCUCUUCUCCGUCUCAUUCUCCAACUGGAGAGAAUGGCGGAUCGGGCUCUGGUUCGCCGCUUGGUUCUCCUUUUAAGCUGAAAUCGACUGAUUUCAAGAAAGAGUAUCCAGUUGACCCGUCUUUACCGGAUAUCAAGAAUAGUAUCUAUGCGACUGAUGAGUUCAGAAUGUAUUCCUUCAAGGUCCGGCCUUGCUCGCGUGCUUAUUCGCAUGAUUGGACUGAGUGUCCUUUUGUCCACCCGGGCGAAAACGCGAGAAGAAGAGACCCAAGGAAGUUCCAUUACAGCUGUGUUCCUUGCCCGGAUUUUAGGAAAGGAGCUUGUAGACGAGGAGAUAUGUGUGAGUAUGCGCACGGUGUGUUCGAAUGCUGGCUUCAUCCGGCUCAGUAUAGAACCCGUCUUUGCAAAGACGGAACAGGCUGUGCUCGGCGAGUUUGUUUCUUUGCCCAUACACCCGAGGAGCUUCGACCUUUGUACGCAUCAACUGGUUCAGCGGUUCCUUCACCUCGAUCGAAUGCUGAUUAUGCAGCUGCUUUGAGUCUCCUUCCUGGUUCUCCAUCAGGAGUCUCUGUCAUGUCCCCGCUUUCUCCAUCAGCAGCGGGAAACGGGAUGUCUCAUUCGAAUAUGGCUUGGCCGCAACCGAAUGUCCCUGCGUUGCACUUACCCGGAAGCAAUCUACAGUCAAGCAGGCUAAGGUCUUCUCUAAAUGCAAGAGAUAUCCCGACGGAUGAGUUCAAUAUGUUAGCGGAUUACGAGCAGCAGCAACUCCUUAACGAGUAUUCCAAUUCUCUGAGCCGUUCUGGUCGGAUGAAAUCAAUGCCUCCUUCGAAUCUGGAAGAUCUUUUCUCAGCAGAAGGCUCUUCGUCUCCCCGGUUCACUGAUUCCGCUUUAGCUUCCGCGGUGUUCUCGCCUACACACAAAUCAGCUGUCUUCAAACCAGUUCCAACAACAGCAACAGCAGCAGCAGAGCAUUGCGUGAAGCAACAGCAACAACAACAGCAGCAGCAGCAGCAACAUCAGUUCCGUAGCCUUAGCUCCAGAGAGCUCAGAACAAACUCAAGUCCAAUAGUUGGUUCACCUGUUAACAACAACACAUGGUCAUCAAAAUGGGGAUCUUCAAAUGGUCAACCGGAUUGGGGAAUGAGCUCAGAGGCGCUUGGUAAGUUGAGAUCUUCGUCAUCGUUUGAUGGUGAUGAGCCUGAUGUGUCAUGGGUCCAGUCAUUGGUGAAGGAGUCUUCAACAGAAGCCAAAGAGAAAGCAGCAACAUCUUCCUCAGGGGAACACGUGAAGCAGCCAAAUCCGGUUGAACCGGUAAUGGAUCAUGCUGGGCUAGAAGCUUGGAUUGAGCAAAUGCAGCUCGAUCAGCUUGUGGCUCAGCAGAAUUGAGAGACCAAACCAAAGAAUCACGUGUUCUUGUCUGGUCUCUAUGUGGUAGAUAAACCUCUUUUUUACAG